CCUCAAACUCCUUCCGGGCACACCAUGUUGUUCUUCACCCUCCUGCUAGAGGUGAUUUGGAUCCUGACUGCCAACGGGGGUCAACACUGGACGUAUGAGGGUGAGAGCAGAACCCCAGGCCUACGACACCCCUUCCUCACUGGGACCUCUUCACCUGGCGGGAAGACUUAACGCCACGUGGGUGGGGAGGUUUCCUUUAGCUUUUCAUCCUAGCUCCUCCCUUCCCCAACUCCCCAUGCCCCAGCUUUCGCCCGAGAUUGAUUCUUAGACCCUGUUCUAAGCAUCAAAUUCCACACCCCCUGAUUCAGCAGAAAAGCCAGUUAUGUCCUCAAUCAAUCUCUGUGGGAGUGAGGGAGCUGGAGUGGAGAGGGAAGCGGGUGGGGGAAGAUGCCAUGAGCUUAGCUGCCAGUUCUCCUCCUUGCUCUUUCUAUCCCAAUCACUCCUACCCCCACCUGAAUCUGGAACUGGGACAGAACCUGAGGUCAGGGGUGAGGGAGAGGCCAGCAGGACAGUGUGUGACCCUGGCAGAGGUCUUUUCAACUUAACCAAGUCCCUAAGUCAAUGCAAGUUCCAGUGUGAAAGCAAGGAGUCAAUGAUGGGAAGUCAGCAGGUCUGAAUCUUAAGGCCACUUGAUAGGGGUUCCCCAGAGACCCUACCUCUCUAGAAUAAUUUCCCCAGUUUUCCUGCUGCUACUCAAAUCCACCUCUGGCUCUGUGGACUUUCUACCCGUCUCCUCUUCCUCUCAUUAGCUUUCGUAUCCUUCAACAAGAGAAGCAGUAAGUAAAGGCAACUGCUCCCCAUUCAUCAGGAGAGCAGGGGAAUCAUCACUGCCCCUGCACAGGCGAUGGGAAGGAACUGCCGCAGCGAGUCCAGCAGGGACUCCCCCCUCACCCAGCCCCGCAUAACUGAGGGCUUCAUAUGGGGUGGAGGGAAGUGCAUGUCUGCCUCCAAGUAGGUCCACAUGGUCAGGAACACUGGCCCGCCUCUUUCCCUGAGUGUGGAAGCAACGCCCAGUCCCCCAUCAAUAUCCAGACAGACAGUGUGACUUUUGACCCUGACUUGCUACCUCUGCAGCCCCGUGGAUAUGAACAGCCUGGCACUGAGCCUUUGAACCUGCACAAUAAUGGCCACACAGUACAACUCUCUCUGCCCUCUACCCUUUAUCUGGAAGGACUUCCCCGAAAAUAUGUAGCUGCCCAGCUCCACCUGCACUGGGGUCAGAAAGGAACCCCCUGGGGGUCGGAGCACCUGGUCAACGGCAAAGCCACAGCUGCAGAGCUCCACAUCGUACAUUAUGAUUCUGAGUCCUACGAAAGCCUGAGUGAGGCUGCUCAGAGGCCUCAGGGCCUGGCUGUCUUGGGCAUCCUCAUUGAGGUGGGUGAGACUAAGAAUCCAGCUUAUGAACACAUUCUGAGUCACUUGCAUGAAAUCAAGCACAAAGAUCAGAAGACCUCUGUGCCUCCCUUCAAUGUGAGAGGGCUGCUCCCGCCGCUGCUGGCGCAGUACUUCCGUUACAACGGUUCGCUCACCACUCCGCCCUGCUACCAGAGUGUGCUCUGGACGGUCUUCCAUCGAAGGGCCCAGAUUUCCAUGGAACAGCUGGAAAAGCUUCGGGAGACGUUGUUCUCCACGGAGGAGGAGCCCUCUGAGCCCCUGGCACAGAACUACCGAGCCCCCCAGCCUCUCAACCAGCGGAUGGUCUUUGCUUCUUUCAUCCAAGUGGGACCCUCGUAUACCACAGGUGAAAUGCUGAGUUUGGGAGUAGGAAUCCUGGUUGGCUGUCUCUGCCUUCUGCUGGCUGUUUAUUUCAUCGCUAGAAAGAUCCGGAGGAAGAGACUAAGAAACCGGAAAAGUGUGGUCUUCACCUCAGCACGAGCCACCGAGGCAUAGACUCCUGGACACUUCAGAUGCCUUCCACUUGCUCGGCUGUCAGGGUGCUUGUCAAGUGAGGUGCUGGGAUUGGCCAGGAAAUACUGUAGGAGUAGGCCAACCCCUUUUUCCUCCAGACAGUCCCUACACAGAAGUAUGGACAGGCUCUCAUUCAAGGAUGACCAACAGAACCUUCCGCCUCUUAGAACAUGGAGAUCAGGACAGCCCUAUGGUGACAAUGCAGAGGGUCAACUGUGUAUAGUUGUCGGGGGAUGUGGCCCACAGUCCCCCGUCCCUUUAUCUUUAUAACCGUGUCCCUAGAUAUAGCUGUAAGAUCUCCCCUUAGGAAAAAGGGUUGCUGCUGUUUAUUUUGGGUUGUUUGUGUUUUUUUUUGCUCAAUAUAUUUGGAAAUUAAAGCUGCUGACCCCACA